CUUAAAAGUUCGACUAGCUUAGCUAAUUAGCUGGAGUGGUGGAGCUAGGCGGCAUGCAUAAGGUUGGCGGGGGAGAGGCCAGGUUGACAUGAAGAGCUGGCACGUCAUCCCCAACUAAAAGUGGCAGGUGGCGCCUCCCAGCCAACGUGUCACCUUCAUGGGAUGCCACCGCCUUCUCCUCUUCUCUAUCUUAUUCUGAUCGAUCAUAUUUAAAAACCUCCCCGCCGCGGCCAUCUACUCGAUCAUUUACUACGUACAUACCCUUUGAUCUAAUUAAGCACGCCGUUGAAAUCCAUCAGACCAACCAUGGCAGCCAUGUCAAUCAUGACCACCAGCAGGAACGCCAUUUUCAACUUCUCCAAAUCCCUUUCUCGAACCCCUUCUUCUCUCUACCCCAGACCCAAAGUCUCCAGAGUUUGCUUCUCCUCUGCCUCCACUCCCGAGGGCUUGCACGCGUCGGGGGAUUACGGAAGGAGAGACAACGACAAAGGCUACGCCGGCAACAGGACCGUCGGAGAUGCGGCGGAAGACAUUGCCAACCGGACGAAGGAGAACACGAGAGAAGCGGCGGACAGAACCAAGGAGAAAACCCAAGAAAUGGCGGGGAAGGCCAAGGGGAAAGCAGAGGACUUGAAGGAGAGAACAGAGGACGGGGCAGGGGAGGCCAAGGAGAGGGCCAAAGAAGGGGCGGGAAGGAUGGCGGACAAGGCCAAAGAGUACGCCCACGAGACGAAGGAGACCACCAAGGAGGCGGCGGGGGCCACGGCGGAGAUGACCAAGGAAGGGGCUAACAAGGCGGCGGGUACGGCCAAGGGCGUCGGUCAGAAGGCCAAGGAGACGGUGGAGGGUGCUCUGGGGGCGGUCAAGGAGACUGGUCAGAAAAUAAAGGAAACGGUGGUGGGGAAAGCGGAGGAGGACCGCGACGAUGGAGAGAAGAGGAUUGACGAGCUGAAGAGACGCGCCGCCGGUGAUAGGAAAGUGUGAAGGCCGGCCGGCGGCGGAGGCGUGGAUUGUACUUGUUUUUAAUUAAUUAGAGCCGGCCGGAAGCAAAUAUGUAUAAUAAUAAAUGGGAAACGUAUAUACCUGUAUUGCUUCUUUAUUUAUAUACUUCGUAUAUGUGUGUUUAAUUCUCCUCCACCAUCAGUGAAUCACCAUCAUAACGUAUUUUCUUUUGUUACUUGAAGCAAAUA